ACCUGAAUGUGCAUCAAAUCGAUUUCCCCAACGCGGUUUGUCUUCGAGACAAACUAGAGUUAGUAGAUUUAAACGUUUUUAUUUAGGAGGAUUUCUGGUAAAAUCUGGAAAUGGCAGAGUCAUUAUUAGGAUCCGAGGAUGGAUUUCUGACGGAUGGGGACGAUAUUUUUAUUUCAAAAAAGGACGUUAAAGAUUAUCACGGUAACAUGGACCAUGUCAGAUAUUUGACGUGGUUUGAAAAGAUACUAGUGCCACCAAAAUCGGUCUUAGUUUUAGAUCAAGCUCCUUACCACCGCAAAAGGGUUGAAGGGACAUUAAUGCCGAACAUGGCCUGGUUGAAGCAGAAAAUAGUUGAUUGGGUUAUUCAACGUGACAUUCCGCUGCCCGACGGAAUUGAAAGUUUCAAUAAACUUACCAAAUCAUCACUUAUCGAACUGGCAAAAUCUAAACCCGUGAAACCAAAAUUUAUUGUGGAGAAACUUGCAGAAGAGAGCAACAAAGAUAUAAAAAAACUUUGGCUCCCACCUGCUCAUUGCGAGUUCAAUCCCAUUGAAUUAAUCUGGGCAAUUGUCAAGGGAUAUAUCGCAAAACAUAAUCCAGGCAACAAUUUGAACGGAAUAUAUGACUUGUCGAAGAAAGCAGUAUCAAAUAUAACACCUGAAAUGUGGAAGAAUUGCGUCCAUCAUUCUAUAAAAUAUGAAAACAAAAUGUGGGAGAGAGAUAGAUUGAUGGACAAUUUCCUAGAUUCGCCUACAACGAACUCAAUGACGCCAAUAAUUAUUCCUAUUCGUGAAAAUGACUCGUCAGACUCGGAAUAUUAUACUGAAUCUGAUGAUUUGGAAAGUGAAGACGGGGAUUUAGAAUUUUUCGAUAGCUAAUUUCAAUAUCUGACAGAAGAAAUGAAACAGUUACGUGACCAUUAUCAUUCUUGCAGCAUUCUCAUGGAAAGCGAUGGUGGUCAAUUAUAGUUGACAGUAAUGUCAUUUAGUUAAAUAAUUUUAAUGAUUAAAUUUUGCUGGGCACGUGCAAU